AAAGCAGGAAUACGCCUUGCUGCUGUAAUUGGAGUCCUCUCUUAAAAAUGAAGCCUUGACACUUCACAAUGCCAAUAUGCAUUGAAUGCUGCUACCCUGUUUCUCACCUCUAUACUUCGUACAGCAAAGCUGACGACCGCGCCCUUGGGAAAGGAGUGCGGUUGACCCAGUGCCCAAGAUGCCGGCGAUUCGCUGAUAAAUAUGUCGAGCACGAUUUUGUCGUAUUAUUUAUUGAUUUGGUUCUGAUAAAGCCGCAGGUUUAUAGGCACCUGCUCUUUAAUCGUCUUGGGAGAGAUGAUGAUAAAUUUGAUCGCUCAAUUAUUAGGCUCGGAAUCCUAAUCCUCCUCUUCGACGUCUACAUUGCUUGGGCGCGAAUCGAGAGAUCCGCUGCUAUCGGGAAUUCCAAGUUGGCGAAUGCCCCAAUUAUCAUCCAAUAUGUAUUUUUCCUGACAGUCAACGCACUCGCAACACUUGCACACCAUCUGAUAGUCCGAGCACUGGCGUUUGUCUUUGUAUCAAGGCCCACUUCAGCAGCAGGCACGCAGAACCAAAGCUUAAGCGAUGCGGGCAAUCCUGCACGUAUUGGUGGAGACGCAAGUUCAUCACCCUCGGUUACCCUUGUACCUUUGACAGCUACUCUUGCUACGCAGUCUCAGCCAAUCGUUUCUAGCCCACCUCAUCAUAAACUUAGCCGCGCAGCGUCAUGGAAUAGUACAACCACUCCGCUAGGCCCGGCCCGGAGUGACUCUCCCGCACCGCCGCCAUUCAGCCGUUUCCCUACAGCUACCACCCUAAUACAGCCCAUGUCGCGUCCCUCGUCCGCCAGUUCUAAUGCAAUUAGUACCGCUUUGGUCGUCAGCAGCUGCACGAAGCUAUUUCCCAUAUUGCUCGUGAUCUGGAACCCAGAUUCGUCAGACAGCUCCAACACAGCUAAUAGUUCUCUUUCUUCAUCCGUACCCAGUACCGCUAUAUUUUCCCAUAGAAUCAGUUCUGUCACGGCUACAGUGACACGCUCGACAAACAGUGUGACAAGCACUCCCACACUUCCUUCUCCCGAGCCGUCUAUGUCUCUUACAUCGCCAGCAUCGUGGGGAUCGUCACCUGUUCUACAACCGAUCCUAUCGCUUCUGCUUUCCGUGACUAAUACGCACCUUGUUCUUUUGAAUAAUGUGGAAGCACUGUAUAUUUUGUUAGACUGCGGAUACCUCCGAGCAGCAGUCAUCACUUUAGGAGGCCAGUUGGCGAGAUGGGUGGUGGAGAGGUCCUUAUUGCGCUUGGUUGGCCUUUGAAAAAAAAUUGGUAGGGGUGUAGCUGAACGAGUCAGGGUAGUA